AUGCGACGGACUGCCAGAGAGGUCCGGCAGAGGCGACGGACCGCACAUCCAUUCGAGUGGAAACAUGGGCAGGAACAUGAGCGGAAACAUGUGUGGGGGUAUGGGCAGGAACACGAGGCGGAACAUGAAUCGGAACAUGACCGGGAACAAGAACCGGAACAUGAACCGGAAGAAGAACGGGAACCUGAACAAGAACCGGAACAUGAACCGGAAGAAGAAGCGGAACGUGACCGGGAACAUGAGCGGGAACAUGGGCGGGAUCAUCUGCCAGGCUCCACACCACCCAGUCACCAUCAUGACCACAACUACAUACACAUAAAGCACAAGUUCCAUAAUGAGCACGGACAACUGCCGGUGCCCAUGUGGGCGGUGGGCGCACUCGUGGUGGUGGUGCUGGCUCUGGUUGGCUGCUUCAUCUUCUGCAUCUUUAAGAAGUUCAUCAGCAAGAAGAAGAAAGCCAAGAAAGUGAGGGAGAGGAAAACGGGCCGCAAGCAGAAGGCCGGAGGAGGAGAGGGAGGAGGAGAGAAGGAAAAUGAAAAGGAAGGUGGUGUUAAGAAAGAGGGAGAGAAAGAGGCCGAGAAGGAAAACUUGGGGAGGUUGGAGUUCACCCUGGACUAUAACUUCACUGAUACCCAACUCAUCGUGGGGAUUCUCCAGGCCCAGGAUCUGGCUGCCAUGGAUAUGGGGGGGACCUCUGACCCCUAUGUCAAAGUUUACAUGCUCCCCGAAAAGAAGAAGAAAUUUGAGACUAAGAUCCAGCGCAAGAACCUCUGCCCAGUUUUCAACGAGACCUUCACCUUCAAGAUCCCCUACGCUGAGCUGGGGGGACAGACCCUGGUGCUGCAGGUCUUCGACUUUGACCGCUUCUCCAAACACGACGUGAUCGGCCAGGUGAAAAUCCCCAUGAGCAGCGUGGACCUGGCGCGCCCCAUGCACGAGUGGAGGGAUCUGCAGAGCGCAGACAAAGAGCAGCAAGAGAGGCUGGGCGACGUCUGCAUCUCGCUGCGUUACGUCCCCACGGCGGGCAAACUCACCGUCAACGUGAUGGAGGCCAAGAACCUCAAGAAGAUGGACGUGGGCGGGCUGUCAGAUCCCUUUGUGAAAGUGGUCCUCCAGCACUGCGGGAAACGGAUAAAGAAGAAGAAGACGACGGUGAAGAAAAACACACUCAACCCCUAUUUCAACGAGAGCUUCAGUUUUGAGGUUCCCUUUGACCAGAUCCAGAAAUUGCAGGUUAUCAUUACGGUCUACGACUACGAUAAACUGGGGAGCAAUGAUGCCAUCGGCAAAACUUUCAUUGGCUACGGUGCCUCGGGAGUGGGGCUCCGCCAUUGGUCAGACAUGCUGGCCAAUCCCAGGCGCCCUGUCGCCCAGUGGCACACCCUACAGCCUGAAGAGGAGGUGGACGCCCUCCUAAAAGGACCCCAUCGCUAA